UAUGAUGAAUUGUAAAUUUCUCAAAUCUUGUUACGAAAAGUAUUUUCAUUAAAAAAAUCAAGCCGAACAGGUCUGAGUUUGAUAACGGAGUAUUGAUCCUUUUUCUCUGCACAGACAGUCUGCAGACCGGAUAGAAUGGGUCGCCUGCAGCCGCCGUGCCGUUCCACCGUCCUGCAUGUCUGUUCCUGACGGCAGAACUCAAGAACGGACUUGUCCUGUUUGUGUGAAACUGGGUUCUUCCUGGAAGGAACAAUGCAGUUUUUCAGGACAAACGCAACAGCAGGAGGAUUCAAAAGACACGGAAAUUAGAGUUCCUGCAGAGCUGCUCCAGUUUAUUUUUUGCCUUUUCUUUGCCGUAUUUGUAUAAAAUUCAAAUCUAGAGCCAAAAAGCUGCUUUAGAAACUUUAAAAAUCACAUCUAACAUUAAACUGAGUGAGUUGUAUUUAUUCUAUUGUCAAGUUCAGAUUCAUUUCCAUUUUUAGUUUUUUCCCAACAUUUAGUUUCAGAAAAGCUUCAGAAAACUGAUAAAUAUGUGAGCCCAGAUCAGUACACUUUCACCACCAUGCUUGACAGAGUUCAUUAUCUAUCGUUCUAAUGGACCUAAACACAAAGACCAGUUUAAUUUUUGAUUGUUUGAUUUUACAAAUCCUUUAUCCAGCAGUCUGAUAAACAACUUCUGAUUGGCUGAUUUACAAUGAGGAGGAGGAUGAAGAUACCAGAGACCCGCAGACUCUGAGACGAAGAUUUCUCUACAGUGUGACGGAGAACAGCAGGAGAACUUCAUUUGGAGUUCUGUUCUCCUCUGACUCACUUUGAAGUCCAAAGGGUUGAAAAGUUUGAACAAUCCUUCACACUGUUGUGUCGGCCUGGGUCGUCUUAUUGAUGGUGCCUUUUCCUGAAUGUCCCUGAAUGCUGCAGAACUUCUUCAAAAAUGUUUCACUUCAUCAGCCAAAAUCUGCACUCUCUGCAUUAGAACUCACUUUGUCUAGAACAUCAAAUAAAAAAAUAAAUAAAAAAACGACCUGUCUUUAAAGAUAAUGUUGCUACUCUAAAGUUGUUUUAUUUGGUCAAAGUUUCUUGUUAAAUAUUAAGUAGACGUCACUUGAAUUACAAGUAUGACUUAAAAAUACAUUUUAAAAGUAUGCCAUAUUCCAAAUAAAGAAAAAAUAUCCAAAUCUAUUUUUUUUAGCAAAGUCCAAAAAGGAGAAAAAUGAUAUUGUCAGUGUGUAUGGAGCUGUGAAAAAAAAACAUUCCUCUAAUAUUUUUCCAUAAAAGGAUUUUUCUGAUUAAAGAUUGUUUGUCUAAAGUCAGGCACUGGAUUUUUCCACAACCCCUGAAGGCGGCAGCGCGCAGACGUGGCCGUGCUGCAGCUGCUGCGUUGCGUUCAAGUGACGCAGAGUCCCGUCUGGAGUGCAGAGGACGAAGUUUCUCUAAACUGCAGCCCGAGCGCUGCGGCCGAAACGCAUCAAUGGCGACUCCCGGUCCUAACGGCAGCUCGGCGAUCUCCGGCGGCGUGGUGGGAUCCACGUCGCACCACUUCCACCAGCAGACGCAGGGCAGCAGCAUGCAAGAAACCAACACCUGCUGGAGAUGUCAAAAUGAAACAGGGUUUCAGAUAAGCCUGUCUGGACUUCCCCAAAGCAAACGCAAAGCUCUCAAGCUAAACUUUGCCAGUCCUCCUGUGAAGCCAACAUCGCGGCUCCCGCUCCAGCCCACAGCUCCAUCUUUCCAGAACCCUCACAUAGAACGUCUUCGGACACACAGUAUCGAGUCGUCUGGAAAGCUGAAGUUCUCUCCUGAGCAGUACUGUGACUUCACAGCAGAGGAUCUGAGAGACCUUGGGGAGAUUGGGCGCGGGGCGUACGGCUCAGUCAACAAGAUGGUCCAUAAACCCACCGGUCAGAUCAUGGCUGUGAAGAGAAUUCGCUCCACCGUAGAGGAGAAGGAGCAGAAGCAGCUGCUGAUGGAUCUGGAUGUGGUGAUGAGGAGUAGUGACUGUCUUUACAUUGUCCAGUUUUACGGCGCCCUCUUCAGGGAGGGGGACUGCUGGAUCUGUAUGGAGCUGAUGUCUACUUCAUUAGACAAAUUCUACAAAUAUGUAUAUUGUGCGCUAGAUGACGUCAUUCCAGAGGAAAUAUUAGGCAAAAUAACAUUAGCAACGGUCAAAGCACUGAACCACUUGAAAGAAAACUUGAAAAUAAUCCACAGGGACAUUAAACCUUCCAACAUUCUCAUGGAUCGAAGGGGUAACAUCAAACUCUGUGACUUUGGCAUCAGCGGUCAGCUGGUGGACUCCAUAGCCAAGACCAGGGAUGCAGGCUGCCGGCCGUACAUGGCGCCUGAAAGGAUAGAUCCAAGCGCUUCCAGACAGGGCUACGAUGUGCGAUCCGACGUUUGGAGUUUAGGAAUCACGCUGUAUGAGCUGGCCACAGGACGGUUCCCUUACCCCAAAUGGAACAGUGUUUUCGAUCAGCUCACUCAAGUGGUCAAAGGAGAGCCCCCCCAGCUCAGUAACUCAGAGGAGAGGCAGUUCUCCCCCAAGUUCAUCAACUUUGUCAACCUCUGCCUUACAAAGGAUGAAUCAAAAAGGCCAAAGUACAGGGAGCUUCUGAAACACUCCUUCAUUCUGAUGUACGAGGAGCGCUUUGUGGACGUCGCCAGCUACGUGUGCCGCAUCCUGGAUCAGAUCCCCGCCUCUCCCGUCUCACCUAUGUAUGUUGACUGAUGCCCGGGGGGAAGGGGCAGGGUGGCGUGGGGGUCGCUCUGAGUGCAGUGAUUGGUUGGGACACUAAGCUUUGGGAUGCUCGUCCAACAUUGCUUGCUGAGGGGAGGGGGGGGGGGGGGGGGUCCAAAAACCACAAAAUAUUUUAAGCCAGAAGAACUUGAGGACGUUACGCUCUCUUAGCAAAAUGCAACGCCUCCUUUUGCCUGACCGAAGGAGGAACACGUAAAUACUUGAAAUCACACACACACAAAAAAAAACAGUCUACCAAAUAAAAUGUUGUAAAACGCGCAAGCCUUUAGAACAAAACAGCCUGACUGUCAUUUCAUCGUGUGUGUUCACCAUGCAGACAUACUCUCACAUGUGUUGAACUAGAGGAGACUUUGGGGGCGUGGCUUAACCUCCUUAUUUGGCCUCUUCUUGCCCUGAAUAUGCAAUCUGUUGGAGCUCAGUUUAACUGUUUGUUGGACAAUCCAUGCUCUGGUGCUGACCUCAGCGCGUUUUUUCCACCUGUUGGUAUUUAGUCACAAAACUAAGCAUGAUGGUGAAGCAAAAACACGACUCGUUCAGGCUUCCAGCUGCUAGAAUCUCACUGGCGUUCGUUGAAACCGAUCUAUGAGGAUGUUUCCGACUUGGUCGAUGUUUGGCUGAACGGGACAGCUGAAGACGAGCUGAGCAGCCUGAAGCCCCUUUUGCACAGUUGUCUGCUUUAGUCUUCCUGCCACAUUGAGUUUGUAGAGCCCUCGGAGUGAAAAACCUUUGAAGUGUUAGACGUGCGGCAGAAAAUUACCACUCAUAAGAAGUUUCUGUUACUGGACACUGCAGAAAAGAUGCUGUGUGCCGUCGAUGCCACGAAGACUUUCCUGGCACGUUUACACCGGGGCUCACAAACUAGCGUUUUGGGCUUCCACAUUCAAACCUCGUUUUCACGAGUUGCAGGUUUUUAGGUACAUUUUUGGGCUCCAUGUACAAAACACACGGUCCUCGAAUGAAAGUUAAACCAGUUGAACUUUGACCAAUCAGAGACUCGGAUUUGGUUGUGAUGUACGGAUGCCGUCAUUUUCAAAACACAGAAGUGCCAAAAACGCUAAGAACCCAAGUUUGGACUGACUUGAAGGUGCUGCACUGCUGGAGAACUUUUUGCCAUAAUUCACCUCAUCAAUAGGCCAGAAACACAUAGACGUGUUUGAUUCUCUUAUUUUUAUUUUUCAACUUUUCUAUUAAUUUGUUUUUGAUUUGCAUUUAAAAUCUGAAACGAAAGCCAAAUAAAGUCACUUUUACUGUUAAAGCCAUAUUUUUCUUUUUCUUGAAAGCUGCCUAGCAGUUGCUCAAACGGAGAAACGACACGAAACAAGGAAAGAAUUGUCUGCAACAUUUGAAGCAACUGUUUGAUUUAGCACAGGAUUGUCUGUCAAAGCAGGGCCACAUGGCGGUUACGGCGUUCUGUCCGCCACUUCUGGAGGCGCUGCAGAGAUGAGACACAGCAAACAGUAAAGGAGGCAGAAGGAGGCGACUGUGUGGAAGGGCUCAAACUUAUCCACUCUGUUCGUGGGGAUUUGACUUAAAGGAUCUUCUAGUGUCUUCACCAAAACUAAAUACUUUUAAAGAGCAGUUCUGUUUGAGUUCAACAUCAAAAUUCAAGUAUUUUGGCCCCUGUUUACAGACAGCUAAAGGUGAUAAAAUGUUUUUACUACUUUACAAAAUAAAAAUAAAAAAAACCUAUUAUAUAUUUGUAAAAUAUUGUUUUUCAAAAGACUAUAUAAUAAAUUAAGGGUAUAAAAACAUUUUUUUAAACUACAUUUUUAUCUUUUGCCAUUCUUUGAACAUAUUUAACACUAGAGUUCAUUUAAAGUGACAGAAUUUGACCUAAUGAAACUUUUAAACAGUUUCAAUUAAAUGUGGACUAACCAAAGUAAUUUUUUUAGCUUUGAUGGAACUCAAGUUAGUUUUACUUUUAUUUUGUUUUAAAAACUUAUUGGAAUUAGUUUUUUGAUUGAGAUUUCAUUUCUGUAAAAGAAGCAGUUUAGUUUUGUGACUAAGGCAAAGCGAACAAACGCCAGAGGGACGAGCGCCUCGUCAUCUGAUGGUCAUUUUCUUUAUUUUUAUGUAAAUGUUACAAUAAAAAUCCAUCUAAGCUGCUGCUCUUGAUGUUCUCAGAAGUUGCUCCUGGUUUGUAAAGGUGUUGCUCAGGUGGAGGGGUGAACCUUCUUCCUCUGUGACAUCACCGCACAGUUUGAGUGAGCAGUUUUUCCAUAGUUUUAAAACCAACAGGCUCCACCGCCGUACGCCACAUGAAAAAUGGAAAUCUCUGCUCACACUGAGCAUGCUCCAGUUUUUCAACACCCGACUCAUAUCUGCCUCCAUGUUGAACAGGUCACUGUUGCCAAAUGCACUAAAGGUGUCAGUGAGGUUUCUUGGUUUGAUCACUGACUGUAUAUGAGAACUGGACUGAGUGACCCCUCCCCCCGGCGUUCCAAACAGGAAGCACAAGGGGUUAUAAGAAGCCAAAUCCCAUAGACUUCUAUUGGAAACAAACAGCUUCUACUCAGUCAUUCUGUGAGAAUAAUCGUCUUCCACUUUUUUUUUCAACAUGUUCAGGAUAAUCAACAUUUUUGUCAUGCUUUUAUCUGUAGUUCGUCAUAAGAUGGUCAAUCAGACACUUCAAUAAAAAGAUGAUGUCUCACGUUGAAUGUUCUAGACGUUUGAUAGAUUUCAUGUAGCCCGCUUUCAGUGGUAGGGGUGUGGCCUUCCAACAAGCCCUCACCUGAUAGGUGAGAGCGGUUGCCAUAGAAACGUUGACAGAAUUUAGACUAAUCACUGCUCACAGAUGUCGUCGCGAAAAAAAACGGACUAAAUUGACUCUCGUUGGAUCCAGGAGUACAUCAUUUUCUAUGGGUGACGUCACAGUCGGUCCAGUUCUAAUAUUCAGUCAAUAGGUUUGACUGUCGGUAAGCCACGCCCACCAGAGACAUUUGUAGGGACAUUGGUGUUUGAGUGCAAACGACUGUUUUCAUUGAGCUGCUUUAUGAACAGCAGUUUUUAAAGACAAGGUCACGCAUGAACUGAUUGCAUGAAAGAUGCACCAAAAGUGAGCAAACUCCAGAUUAUGGGAUGGAAAGCUUUUGUCUACAGGUCAAAAGGCCACACACUGCUAAAGUUGACUUGAUGUUACACGUGGCUACUUUGAUGUGGUUACUGAGGGCUCGAUUUUGGAGCGAUAUUGUAUGCAGUUGUAUAUUUGAAAGAAUGUCAUUGAAUAUUUUUAAUAAUCCCAUUAAAAGAAUUUGUAGAAGUUGAUGUUCAUUGCGAUCCAAAAUGGAAAAUGGUCAUUUUUCCGAGGGGUGGGGGUCUCCAUUGCCUGAAAGGUCUCCAUGUCUGAUCACAUCAUGUUUGAAGAAACUUUACUUCCAUCUGGAAAACACCAGUUUCCAGAGUCCGUGUUGUAUAAAUUGCAAAAUAUUAGAAUGUUCAUAUUAGAAUAAGAUAAUAUUAAGGCGCAAUGAAUAAUAAUUGUAUGUUUAUCAAGGGUUACAAAUAAAGUUCCCAUGAAAGAAGA